ACAGUGUUGUCCGUGUGUUCGUCGCGGUCGCGUACCACCUGACCGUCCACGCCGCGCGACUCCACAACCUGUCCAGUAUGCUCGGUGUCCGCGUACUAAGAGUGCCGUACGCCUGACCGACUGGUACCAGUACGGUACCAGUUGCCCUGCAGCCCGGCAGCUGCUCGAGCCUCGUCGUCGUUGCCCCGUCGAGCUGGCUCCGCGAUCGCGAGAACGUCCUCUUCGUCGUUUUGCCAUCCGGUGAACCGGUAGGUCAGUCCGUUGCGCGACGCAGGCGCCGUUUCGGGACUUACACGGGAAGAGGGUACCGUGCGUGCAACUCCUGGCGACCCUGGCCAACACGGUUUCUGGUUCGGCGAAUCCCGUCAGGCAUCAGCGAUCCCCGGUGUCGGGUUCGGGUGACACCUUAUCUCGCCUCGUUGAACUUGGAUUCCUGUUGGGAACAGCUUCCCAGGUGUGGUUCGUGUUUUGCUUCGAACGGUUUCGAGGAUUCCUGGACCCCAUUGGAGCGAAUGGCAUUGUUUGGAUCCAAGUCGAAUAGCCCGGAUAGCGUUUAGGUGACCAGUCCGCGAAAAGGUCAACGAGGAACAACGCCUGGCUCGGGACCGAUCUCUCGCGUGCGAGGAUCGAGAGAGAAGGCACACCGGUUGCGGCAGGUCACGAGGAACGGGUCUUAAGAUGGCCUACAUUAUCCGGCUUUAUCGGUGAGAGAAGCGACGGUUGGAUCGUGGAAGAAACGGAGAGGAGGGCAGGCCACGUGGCGGGCGAGCCGAUAAUAGCGGGAUACGAAGAAAAAUGGGACAAGCGUGGUGCAAGGAGAAGACCUCCAAGGCUCAGGAUUCCAAGUCUCCCUUGGAUCGGGUCUUCGUGCGCUGUGCACAUCGGAUCUAUCCAGGCCUGAAGGAGGAAGGAUCUGUUCUGGGGGGUGCGACGCAAAGAGUGACGAGCUCGGAGAUAGGGUACGCUGGUUCGCCGCCCAGGGAGGUGCUCACGAGAGGAAGGAGCAUAGAUUCCGUGGACAGGCCUUUUCAUCCGAGCGAGUGGGUCGACGUGAACCUCGAAGUGCCAAGUACACCGAGGCCGAGCUCGGUUCUCACGAAUUUAACCGUCGACACGAGCCUCUAUCCCGCCACCACCCCGACGUCCAGCUGCUCGAAUCUGAAGGACACGACGCCGAUCCCGCCCCCGAGACGGCGAAAAAGGAACAAGGGCAGGCCCUUGCCGCCGAAACCGGACGAAGUAACCGAGAACUCGGCGAGCAAUUCGAAGCACGCCGAGGCGACGGACGAGCCGUUAUACUCGUCGGUGCAGUCGCCUAGAAGCAGCGGGGACGAGCAGGACCCGGAGGAGGAGACCGGACACGAGGAGCGCGAAGACGCGGGAAGAAAGACGAAGGAGAUUUAUGAACACAAGGUGAAUGGUACCGGAAGGAUAAUAUCGAGCGACGUGGUGUCCGGCAGGAAGCCUGGCAGGACCACGGAGACUAGUCACUAUCAGCGAAAGGCGCACGAGGGUGAGGAGUACGAGAGAUUCGCGAGGAACAGGACCAGCAAGGACUCGUCGACUCCUAAUCGCGAGGACAAAAGGGGACCGAGGGAGCCGGAGAAACAGAUGAAGGAUACCUUAGGGGUUCCGGAGAAAUGGAGUGGCAACGCGAGGAGCAAGUACAGCACCGUCAGUCUGCCGAAUUACGACGAGUUGGACGUGGCCAGGCAUCAAGGGGAAGGGACGAAGGGCCACGGGGACGACAGGGACAGAACAAAGUCCAGGAGACCCGUCAGGAGCAGCACCGGAUCGCUUCCGGCUGAAUCCUUCCUCGCGCCAUUUUCAGAGAAAACGAGCGUGCGACUGGAGGACUACGUAUCGAGGAGCGGCAGCCCCGAUAACCUAUCGUCGUAUCAGGUCCUGGAGAAGCUGGAUAGCGGGGAGAACGGGGUCGUGGACACCGGUUUCGUAAAGUACGACCCGAGUAAAUCGGAGGAUUGGGAUCUCGACGGCAUCGGUGAUUGCGAAUUGAAUCACCAGCGGCGGCUCUCGUUCGAGGACGCUGCGAGGAAGAACGAAGGUAAGCGUUCUUGCGAGGACGAGGACGUCGUCGAUUUUGCGACUGGUCGAGAUAGCGAAAGAAGGUCUCCGGUCGAUCGAGACGUCGCAGGCUCCCCGAGGUACUUGCAGAAGCCAGAGGCUUUUGGAAAAACACCGUCCCCCGUGACCGACGAGGCGGAAUAUUCCGAAGUGGAUCCAAAUAGGUCUCACUCGAGGUACUUCGAUCCACCAACGAUGCCGGACAGUUGUAGAAUUUCGGCCAACCGAGACACGGUCGCAACCAAAGAGCCAUUUUUCCUGGACGAGGCGAAACAUCGUUCAGCUUUAGAUACGAUCGGAGGGUCCUGCGGCGCGGGGGAGUCCGAUCGAUCGGACCAAUCGAGGAUGAUCUUUGGUCGGAGCCUGUCGAACGAGAGCGAGCCGGAGGAGGACGCGUACGAGUCGAAGGAACUGACGAGCGACCGUCGUCCGGUCAGCCUGAUCAGGACGAUAUCCGAGGAGUCGUUGCCGCGCGAGAUGCUCGAGCAGCAGGACCUGGACGACUUCUUCGACGAGAAGCUGGCCAAGGACGUGCACAACAAGCUGAAGAAGAGCCUGGACGAUCGGCAGACGAGCACGCCGCCGCCCAGUCCGGAGCCCAGGAUCGGAAACGAGCUGGUGGACGGCGACCAUUCGACGCUGCUGAAGGUCCUUAAAGAGGAAGCGGCCGAGGAGAGCAAUCUGAGCUCGAUGACGCCUAGCCUGACGGAGCUGGAGGUGGCGUUGUCGGACAUGUUGGAGAAGGAGGAGGCGCAGGAAGCCGCGAAGGACGACGGCAGGAGGAACGGGAGCAACGAGCUGAUCCCUGGGAGCCUCCCGAACCCGGAGAUCGUGCCCAUCGGGCGGAAUCUCGGUUGUUUGAAGAGCGACGAGAUUAAUCGAUCCGGCGAGGCUGCAGAGAGAACGGCCGAUCAGAUUCCAAUCCGUCAGGAGUCCGAGAAGAACCAGGUUCCCGUGUCUCUGGGGCAGAUUCUGGAGGACAGGAAGCCGAUUACCGGCAGGAAGGUCUCGUUCUGCGCCUGGGAGGAGACGGCGGCCGAAACGGAGACCCCGAACGAUCGGGAAUUCACUGAACGUCCGACGGAUUUAGAUAAGAACGUCGUUUCUCGUCUGAACGACGACCGUGGGUGGGUUCCGUCGGGUCAGCACGUCGCGCGUCCCGCGGAUACUCCGCCCGAGAAACCGAGCAGGCUGCACAGAACUAUGGACGAGCUGUUCGAGGGCCCGGGGAUCGUUCCCACACCGCCACGCAGGAGGAACAAGAGCCUGGGUGUCGCCAAAAGGGAGAUCGAAGCUGCGCAAAACGGCUCGGUGAUCGUCGACCCUUACGCGAACGACAGACUCAUUUGAUCGCUUCCGGCGCGAUAUUCUAACGAGUACUUAAACGAUAGAACCUGGUGCGUUUGGUACGUUAGCUAUUGUCGACGGUGGACUCUUCCCUGUGCUCGAUGAUAUUGUCCUUAGACGAUGGAAUUUUAUGCAUUUAUGGUACAUUCUACUCUGUUUCAAAAAAUGAUGUAUGUCCUCAAAAUGGUACAACCGUUAGACUCGACUCAACAAUAUUUAAUUAUGAAUUUCAACAGAAAGAACAACACGUAUACGCGGUGAAUGCAUGAAAUCCACUAGUCAUUAUCGAUACGAAAGGAAAUACAGUUUCGAGCGACUCGGGCAAAGGUUAAGGAACUAGUUGGAUCAUUUCCUCUUCGACGUGGACGCGAAUUCGUUCGGCGCAAGGACUCGAAAGUGCAUCGAAGUGGUCGCGAGAAUUUCUCCGUCUCGGUCGGGGGUCUUUCUUCCGCGCGGAACUUCUCCUAACGAACUUGCCGCUCCCGAAGAAAGGACGCGCGUCGCGGACUUCGAAAAUCGCGAAACUUCGUUGGGAAAGUUUCCGGGGAUCGAUCGGAUCGCAGAUGCUGGCGAUCCGUUCUCGUUCGCGAACGCGUCGCGUUGUUUGCCCUCGACGAACUGCAUAAGAAAUCGCGUUGAAUCGAGACGAACCGUCGAUACCAUCGAUACGUUUUACGUUUGACAACGAUACCGCUGUAUCGAAUCGUUCCGACUGCCGGCCAUAGUCGUAACGAUUUAUCGCACGAUAUAACGCACGAUGGUUGUGUUGCUGCCAUCCAGCGUGACGGAACAUUCGCGUUUUACAGUUAUCGUCGGACGAGCGUAUCGACCAAAACUUACGAAUAGUUACAAGGGACGCGAACGUAAAGAAUAUGGCCGCCGCGUUGCACCGAAACCCUCGACUGUCGUCGUAUUAAUUAGUCUUAUCGAUCUACCGAAUAUCGUUGAUGAAUAAAAAAUUAUUAGAGUGAACUGUACAGUUUACAAAUCGUUAUAGGAGUCGUACGUCGAGUUGUGACGAUAGUAUGGCUGCGUUGCACCGAACAACUCAGCCGCCUUAGAAUCAUCGUAUCGAACGAAAUGAUAUAUUUUUGAAGUCUUUAAAUAAUUUUAUCGAUCUGUUGAGUGUCGUUGAUUAAUUGUUGAUGAAUAAAAAAUUACUAAUUAGAGUUCCCAGAGCCUCAAUAUUAGAUUACUCGGAAUGGAGCUGUUCCGGAACGCCUAUUGACAAUUACAGGGAUCAUGGAUGCAACAAUUAAUUCUACAAUAAAUCGUGCGUCGUACAAUGGUCGCAUGACAAUUGCAUCGUGGGAUAGAUCGAACAAUAAUCUCCAGAAACUUCACAAUUAUCGUCGAAUAGGUGUAUUAACAAACAUUAUAUAACCUCUAUCGGUUCAUUAAAACGCACGAUAAAUUAAUACGUUCAUGGCACGUAUAAUGAUUCAUGACACUGUUAUAUCUCCAUUCAACAUGGCAGGCUGUACUAUGAGUCCCAACAAACUCUAAAACUAUCGUCGAAUAGUCGUAUCGAUCAAAAAUAUAGAAGUCUAAUGAUGUAAUAAAUAGUUACAGUAGUCA